AGAAGGCAAAGGAAACUAGUCACUGUUCAACAACCCAACUUGACCAAAACCUAGCUAGGGGAGCCCCUGAGGGGAACUGCGCGGCAUGUGGGCCUGUCAAGUCCACCGGAGAAUCGGGGAUGCCCUCGCUUGUCUCUUCUCCCGGACUCUGAGAAAUUGAUGGACUCAUCGGUACAAAGAAAAUACACAUUGGGUGCAGCCUACAGCAAGAAAACCAUGUGUAGAGUAAAUCCUUUCAGCUUGAUGGCUUCAGAGGAGCAGCAUUGGCCUGUGCCAAUGAAGGCCAUUGGAGCUCAGAACCUCUUGACGAUGCCUGGGGGAGUGGUCAAGUCCGGAUACCUUCACAAAAAAGGUGGUACCCAGCUGCAGUUGCUAAAAUGGCCAUUGCGAUUUGUGAUCAUCCACAAGAGAUGUAUUUAUUACUUCAAGAGUAGCACAUCAGCAUCUCCCCAGGGGGCCUUCUCCCUGAGUGGCUAUAAUCGGGUAAUGCGAGCAGCUGAAGAAACAACAUCAAACAACGUCUUUCCCUUCAAGAUCGUUCAUAUCAGCAAGAAGCACCGAACCUGGUUCUUUUCAGCCUCCUCUGAAGAUGAAAGAAAGAGUUGGAUGGCCCUGCUAAGGAAAGAAAUAGGCCACUACCAUGAGAAGAAGGAGCCAUCAUUAGAUUUCAGCGACUCAAGUUCUGACACAGACAGCUUCUAUGGCUCUGUGGAACGUCCCAUCGAUAUCAGUUUAUCCCCAUAUCCCACUGACAAUGAAGACUAUGAACAUGAUGAUGACGAUGACUCCUACAUGGAGCCAGAUACCCCAGACUCUGCAAAAGUUGAAGAUAUCAUGAUUCACCCACCAACUUACCCCCCACCUCCUAUCCCUACUCCAAGAAAACCAACCUACUCAGAAACACAGCGGUCACACUCCUUUUCCAGCAAGGGCUCCACACCUCUCCAUCCUCCCCCACCUCCCAAAAGAGGCCUGCCGGAAAUCAAUCCUGAGGACCUGAAAAGAGAAGUGAUCUCUUCUUGGAGACCAGAGCCCAUUCUGAAAGUGCCCUCUCCCAGUAGGAGACAAAGUGAUCCACCCCUGGGAAAUCUACCUCCUAUGCCCAGUUUCAGAAAACCAGCUUCUCCGGAGGUCGUAUCUGUCAGUCAUCUUGUGAAUACCUCCAAAAGCUGUGACAAGUUAAAAUCUAUCCACCUGUCUCCUCGAGGAUCACUUCAAGGAUCACCUCUGGCUGAGCCCCCUCCAAUCCCAGCCAACAAACCCAAGCUGAUAAAGGUGGGAGAGUUACAGCCUAUAAAAGAAGCUAUCAAACCCGGACUGUUUGUGCCCCCUGUGACACCCAAACCACCAGCCUUGGCACCUAAACACCCCAUGCCUGGGCCACCAGCCUUGGCACCUAAACACUCUGUACCUGAACUGAAGCCCAGAACUGAAAAACCUUCACUUCCCCAACUACAGAGAUCCCCACCAGAUGGGCAGAGUUUCAGAAGCUUUUCCUUUGAGAAACCUUUACUCUCAACCAAGUUAGAUACCAGCUGCGAGGAUUCAGACGAAGACUAUGAAAAGGUGCCUCUGCCUAACUCCAUCUUUGUCAACACCACUGAAUCCUAUGAAGUGGAAAACAUGUUUAAAGCCACUGAUCCUAGGGGACAGCCGCAAGACGGACUCUACUGUAUUAGGAAUUCUUCAAAGACAGGAAAGGUUUUAGUUGUGUGGGAUGAAGCCUUUAACAAAGUGAGAAACUACCGGAUCUUUGAAAAGGACUCCAGAUUUUACCUUGAGGGAGAGCUUUUGUUUGUGAGCAUCGGAAGCCUGGUUGAGCACUAUUACACCCAUGUCCUGCCUGGACACAAGAGCCUCCUUCUUCAGCAUCCUUAUGGCUACUCAGGGCCCAGGUGACACCUGCCUGACCUAGUGAUUUGGUGCGAUAAUUGAACCUGGAGAGAGAAGGAGGAAAGAAAGACUUGGCUGGCUGGUCUUGACUUUCAUUGACAGCUGCCCACUCAACCUGGGUCCUUGAUUUCAUCUGUCCUGCAUGUUAUUCUGAACCUGUGUUGUAGCCCUGCUGUGUUCCUCCCAGAGGCAGGUGGAUUUGGUUCACUCUCCACCUUUCUUCCAUUGACUCUUCCCCUCCCCCCACCAAGAGUGAAUGCAUUCAUCAUGAAAAAGCACAUCCUCAACCCCAUUUACCAAGGAGUUCUUAAAGGACUUCCCUGGUGGCUAAACUGGAGAGACCAAUGACAAUAUUGGAAAGGGUCGCUAUGGAAAUGGGCAAAGGUACUUUUACGGAUCAGGGCACAGGCUACUGUGUCUCAAAGAGCUGCUGAGUGACCUUAAGCUUGAGAAGUCUCAGCAGUAGUUACAGAGCUAAUGACUUAAGGCAGCCAGGCUGCGGUGGGAAGAGCAUGGAGCCUGGAGUUCAAAUCCAACCUCAGACACUUAGUAUCUGUGUGACCUUAGGCAAGUCACUUAAUCAGUUUGCCUCAGUUUCCUCAUCUGUAAAAUGGGGAUGAUAAUAAUAGCACCUACCUCCCAGGGUUGUUGCGAGGAUCAAAUGUCAUAAUAAUUAUAAAGCACUUAGCACGGUGCCUGGCACAUAGUAGGCACUCUAUAAAUGCUAGCUAUUAUUAUUAAUGUAUUGUUUUAAAUUGUAUUGGACAAGUAAAACUGUAUUAAACUCGUGUUUCAAGCAAGAAACAUUUCAAAGUGACCUCACACAGACUCCCCUCCUCCUUUUCCCUGCUGGCCAGGAUUACAUGCACAAGCAACAAAAUGAACUGAGACUAUUGGUGAAAACAAGCCUUCUUCUGCCCAUGGGCCAGUCAUAAGGAGCAGCAAGAGAAGAGAAACCCACCUGGAGAAGUGGUAGAGAUCCUUACUAGGGAUGAGCAUGGCAAUGGACUAUUUGAAAGGGAAACUGUUACAAGGCUUUCUGUCCUGGGCAAAGAUUCCAUCUGACACUUAUUUCUCUCUGGGCUUGUGUGCAAAAUGUUUUCCUGCUCUUCAACCUCUCAAUUGCCACCUUGAAAGGUGUCAUCAGGAAGCUGCUCUUCAUUGCACAAAGUCCCAUACUGAGCCCACCUUUCACCCUAGACUCUUGGGCAUGUGUACAUCAACAGCAAGCCAACCAAAAGACUUGUUCUUGUGUGACCCAUGAGACAUUGACCCUUUUGUUCCAGUUGUGGUUUGAUUAAAAACAAAUGGGAACUUGGUGCCAAGAGAAGGAGGAAACUCUAAGCCCGAGACAUUAGAAGUUUGCAUUGCAGCAGACUUUUUUUUUCCUCUGGGGACAAUUAACUUGGCAUGGAAUGUUUGUCCUUUGAUAUUCCUCCUGUGCUAACGCUAAACCCUAAUUAAAGAGGGACUCUGAUGGUAACUAAUAAAACAGAACUAGAAACAUUCCAGAUCACACAGGAUUGACCAGCCCUAUCAGGAAUGGGCUCUGAGUCCAAAUUGUGAAUUCUGCUUCGUUCCAUAUUGCGUAGGGAUAGGGGCUUGCAUGUUUCUCUUGCUUUCUGGGAUUCAUACACUUCCUGUCAGUGCUCCCAAGUAACUGAAAAGAUGAUGUUCAAUCACAGAAUUUCAGCAUUAGAACCUCAGAAGUCAUCCACCCAUCUAGUCCAGUCCUCUCUGUGAUUCCACUUGAACUCCAGUGCUGAUAACUCGUUGCCUUACAAAACAUCCUAUUCUGUGACUGGAUAGGAAUUGCUUCCUUCUCUCAAGGUAGAUUAUGACUGCCCCGAGAGGAAUUGCCAGGAGGCAGAUUUCUGCUUAGUCUGAGGAAGAACUUCAUAAUCACCUUUCCUAAUCUCCCAACUACUAGUGCCUUCUUCCUCCUCCCAAAUCAUCUUGUAUCUAUUUUACCUAGUCCUAUGUAUGUAUGUAUUUCUCCUCCAGAUGGACUGUAAGUUUCUUGAGGGCAGAGAUUAUUUCAUUUUUCAUCUUUGUAUCCCCCAGUGCCUGGCACAGUGUCUGGCACACAGUGGUUACUUGUUAAUUGAUUCUGGUUUAGUAUAAGGAAGAACUUUCUAACAAAGCUGGCUGACAGUGAAUUAGACUAUCUUAUAAGGCAGUGAGUUCCCCAUCAUUGGAAGUAUUUAAUUGGGAUGUUGAAGAAUAAGAUUCAUAACUUAGGUCUGAGUUGGAUUAAAUGACCUGUAGGAUCCUUCCUGGCUUGGAAAUUCUGUUAUUCGAUAACUCUCUGUGCUGUGUGUUGCCUUUGCAAGGGCUACAGGUGUCCCUAGCAUAAUUUUAAAGAGCAAAAUAUAAAAGUUCUUUCCUCCUGACUUCACUGCAGUUCCUAGAAGCCCUGUUUUCAAAGCCCACUGAUGAGGUUGUGAUUUCCAUCUCAUUUUUCCAAGCAAAAAGACUAUAUUGGACUCUCCUGCACAUCCUCCUCCCCUAUCAAAUCUCCAGGCUGACAGUUCAGCCUGUCCUACCAGCCAAAGGAAGGCCUCAGAAGGGGCAAGAGCCAAU